AUGGCUGUUGCAGUUUCCAUCUCUCCCGCCAAAAUAACCACCACAAAACCUAUAAUAAUCACUCAAUUCCCUGAUAAUCCUAAACCACUGAUUCUUGAACAAUGCAAGACUGUAAGAGACCUCCACCAAAUUCAUGCCCAUCUCAUCAAAACCCGUUUCAUCAGCAGUCCGUCGGUGGCGGAAAACUUCCUAGAAUCCGCUGCCAUCCUCCUGCGUCACCAACCUAUGGAUUAUGCCAUCUCUGUUUUCGAGAAGUUAAACGAGCCCAAUUCAUCUGCAUACAACAUCAUGAUAAGGGGCCUGACUUUGAAAAAUUUCUCUCAUGAAGCUGUUCUUAUGUUCAAGAAAAUGAAGGAAACGUCGGUGGAGCCAGACGAGUUUACCUUUCCUUGUGUUUUAAAAGCUUGCUCAAGAUUACGAGCUUUGGAGGAGGGGAAACAAAUUCACGGUCAGCUUAUGAAAUUGGGAUACAGAUCGUCUGGGUUUGCCGAGAAUGGUCUGAUCAAAAUGUAUGCAAACUGUGGGCAAGCUGGGAUUGCUCGCAAGGUGUUUGAUGAAAUGUCUGAAAGAGACAUUUUUGCAUGGAAUGCGUUGUUUUCUGGUUAUACAAAGAGUGGGUGCUGGAAAGAAGCUGUUGAUUUGUUUCACUACAUGCUUGAAACAGAUACGAAGUUUGAUGAGGUCACUUUAGUUAGUGUUUUGACAGCAUGUGGACGUGUUGGUGCUUUGAAGUUAGGGGAAUGGAUCAAAGACUAUAUAGAAGCAAAUGGGCUCAAAAGGAAUCCCACUUUAAUCACUUCUCUUGUUGACAUGUAUGCUAAAUGUGGGCAUGUGGAUAAAGCUCGAAGUUUGUUUAAUCAAAUGUCACAUAAGGAUGUGGUUGCUUGGAGUGCAAUGAUAUCUGGCUACAACCAAUCAAAUAGAUGCAAAGAAGCACUUUCCCUAUUCCAUGACAUGCAAAAAGCUAACAUUGAACCCAAUGAGGUCACCAUGGUCAGUGUCCUUUCUUCAUGUGCUGAACUUGGAGCUUUAGCAAUGGGUAAAUGGGUCCAUUUCUAUAUAAACAAGAAAAAAUUACCACUUACAGUAACACUCGGAACUGCUUUAUUACAUUUUUAUGCAAAAUGUGGCUCUAUUGAUAACUCAAUUGAAGUCUUUAAAAAAAUGGCAAGAAAGAAUGUAUUGUCAUGGAGUGUACUCAUUCAAGGUCUUGCAAGCAAUGGACAAGGGGACACAGCUCUCAAAUACUUUGACCUGAUGUUGACCAAACAUAUACAACCAAAUGAUAUAACUUUCAUUGGUGUUCUUUCUGCUUGUAGUCACUCAGGUUUAGUUAAAAAAGGUCGUGAGUUGUUUGCAAGUAUGAUUAAAGAUUUUGAUAUAGAACCAAAAAUCGAGCAUUAUGGUUGCAUGGUUGAUAUGUUAGGGAGAGCUGGAUUAUUGGAGGAGGCUUAUCAAUUUAUACAAAACAUGCCAAUGAACAUGAAGCCAAAUGCACUUAUCUGGAGGACAUUAUUGGCAUCAUGCAAAGUUUAUAAAAACGUUGGAAUUGGAGAAGAGUCAUUGAAGAAGAUAAUGGAUUUGGAAACUGUUCAUAGUGGAGAUUAUUUACUUCUAUCUAGCAUCUAUGCAUCAGUUGGUAGGUUAGAAGAUGCAUUUAGGGUAAGAAGAGAGAUGAAAGAAAAGGGUGUUAUUAAAAAAACUCCAGGUUGUAGCUCAAUUGAAGUCAAUGGUGUCAUUCAUGAGUUUUUUGCUGAAGAUGAUGCGAAUUUUGAGUCUGAGAAAAUAUAUGCAGCUACUGAAAAGAUGAUGAAGGGGAUAAAGUUGGCUGGUUAUGUGAUGAAUAUAGAAGAUGCAAGAUUGGAGGCAGAAGAAUAUGAUAAAGAAACAUCGGUGUCUCAUCAUAGUGAGAAAUUAGCAAUUGCUUUUGGACUUAUUAAGACUUCCAUUGGUACCCCUAUUAGGGUUUCAAAGAAUCUUCGGGUGUGUAAUGAUUGUCAUGAAGCAACAAAAAUGAUUUCAAAAGUUUAUAAUAGAGAGAUAAUUGUUAGGGAUCGAACUCGGUUUCAUCAUUUCAAAGAUGGAUUGUGUUCUUGCAAUGAUUACUGGUGA